UGUUCGGUUUCUUAACUAAAAAUGAAUAUGAAUUAGUUUAACACGACGUCUUCUGGAGGAGUAGUGACAGGACCAAGCUAAGUGCUUUUGUUUCAUAAUGUGUGCAUCAGUAAAAUACAGCUCUCGGGGCCCUGCUCUCAUCCCUCGCAUGAAGACCAAGCAUCGCAUCUACUACAUCACUCUAUUCUCUGUGGUGCUGCUCGGCUUGAUCGCAACUGGGAUGUUCCAGUUCUGGCCACACUCUAUAGAGUCCUCUACAGAGUGGACUCUCGACCGCCGCAGUGUGCAUGAUGCACCACUUGUUAAAAUACUUGCGUCCAGUCCUAUUCCUGAGAGGGGAGACCUUAGUUGUCGCAUGCACACCUGCUUUGAUGUCUACCGCUGCGGAUACAACCCUAAAAACCGCAUCAAGGUCUUCAUCUAUUCGCUCCAGAGGUUUGUGGAUGAGGUCGGAGUUCCUAUCAGCAGUGCUGGCCUGUCCCGGGAGUAUAAUGACCUGCUAAGUUCUAUCUCAGACAGUGACUUUUACACUGAUGAUGUAACACGAGCAUGUCUUUUUAUACCCUCUGUUGAUGUACUGAACCAGAACUCCCUGCGGAUUCGGGAGACUGCUCAGGCUCUGGCCGUGUUACCAAGAUGGGACAAAGGGAUGAAUCAUCUGCUGUUCAACAUGUUACCCGGAGGACCUCCAGACUAUAAUACAGCUUUGGACGUGCCCAGAGACAGAGCUCUGCUUGCUGGAGGAGGAUUCUCCACAUGGACCUAUAGACAAGGCUAUGAUGUCAGCAUUCCUGUUUACAGCCCACUGUCAGCUGAAGUCGACCUUCCAGAGAGACAGGCAGGACCACGUCACUACUUUAUAUUGUCCACUCAGACAGCCAUCCAUCGAGAGUAUCGCAUGGAGCUGGAGAAGCUAAAGGAAGAAAAUGGAGAGUCGAUACUUCUCCUGGACAAAUGCAGUAACCUCUCUCAGGGCAUGCUUUCAGCCAGGAAACGAUGCUACAAGGGCCAGGUGUAUGAAUAUCCCCAGGUCCUACAGGAGUCCUCAUUUUGUGUGGUGUUACGUGGAGCUCGACUCGGCCAGGCCGCACUCAGUGAUGUACUGCAGGCAGGUUGUGUUCCGGUCAUCCUGGCGGAUUCGUACAUUCUACCCUUUUCUGAGGUGCUGGACUGGAAAAGAGCAUCAGUAGUUAUUCCAGAGGAAAAGCUUCCAGAGAUGUAUACCAUUUUAAAAAGUAUUCCCCAUAGACAGGUGGAGGAGAUGCAAAGACAGGCUCGGUGGUUCUGGGAUGCUUACUUCAGCUCCAUGAAGGCUAUUGGUUUGACCACUCUACAGAUAAUCAACGAUCGCAUUUACCCAUAUGCUGCUCGCACAUAUGAGCAAUGGAACAACCCUCCAGUGGUGAAAUGGUCCAGUGUAAACAGCCCACUUUUCCUCCCACUGAUUCCUCCUCGGUCCCCUGGUUUCACUGCUGUGGUUCUGACUUACGACCGGGUGGAGAGUCUCUUCAGGGUCAUCACUGAGAUCUCCAAAGUGCCCAGUCUGGCCAAGCUACUGGUUGUUUGGAAUAACCAGAACAAAAGCCCACCUGAAGACUCUCUCUGGCCAAAAAUUGCUGUUCCUCUGAAAGUGGUGCGCACCAAGGAGAACAAGCUCAGCAAUCGCUUUUUUCCCUUUGAUGAGAUCGAGACAGAGGCAGUGUUGGCCAUUGAUGAUGACAUUAUCAUGCUAACCUCUGAUGAGCUGCAGUUUGGAUAUGAGGUGUGGCGGGAAUUCCCUGACAGGCUGGUGGGAUAUCCUGGUCGUCUUCACUUGUGGGACCAUGAAAUGGGGAAGUGGAAAUAUGAGUCUGAAUGGACUAAUGAAGUGUCUAUGGUGUUAACUGGAGCUGCAUUCUACCAUAAGUACUUCAAUUAUCUGUACACGUAUAAAAUGCCUGGAGACAUCAAGAACUGGGUAGACGCGCAUAUGAACUGUGAGGAUAUUGCCAUGAACUUUCUUGUGGCUAACAUCACUGGCAAAGCUCCCAUAAAGGUAACGCCUCGUAAGAAGUUCAAGUGCCCAGAGUGCACAGCAAUAGACGGGCUGUCCUUAGACCAGACGCACAUGGUAGAAAGGUCUGAGUGCAUAAACAAAUUUGCCUCAGUGUUUGGCACCAUGCCUCUGAAGGUUGUCGAGCACCGUGCUGAUCCAGUCCUAUAUAAGGAUGACUUUCCUGAGAAACUCAAGAGCUUUCCAAACAUUGGAAGUUUAUGAUAACCCCAUUUUUUCUCUGAACCACACUGCCGAAGCUCUAGCACUUACUGACAUUCUACUACUUAAAAGUCCUAAAUGACUUUUAAAUAAGUGCUCGUCUUCUGGAGAUUGAUGUGGCAGAUGAGUAUGUGCAGUAGCUACAUGUGUUUUGUUUCCUGAAGAUGGAAGUGUGCUGACAACUGGAUAGCAAAAACAAGAUGGACUUGUUUUAUAACUGUGCAUAACACUGAAAUCUGGGUUUUACUUUGGGUAAAAGAAACUGCUGACCUUAAUUGGAAGCUGAAAUUGUGGCCUUUCCUUGAUUCUCAUUGAAAAUGUACUAUAUUACAUAGUUUGUUGAAGCAUAUACACCGAUCAGCCAU